AAGCACAACAACAUGGCGACUAGUUACCCUGGAGUACCUGGCGAGCCAACCAAGACCGGAAUAGCCAUCCUCGAAACAGCAACUGCUGCCAUCCAAGGCUUCGGCCCCGUCAACAAGAUUCACCAGCACCUGUGCGCCUUCCACUUCUACGCUCACGACAUGACCCGUCAGGUGGAAGCUCACCAUUUCUGCGGGCACCAGAAUGAGGAGGUGCGUCAGUGCCUCCUAUACGACAGCCCCGAGAGUGAUGCUAAGCUCAUCGGCCUCGAGUAUAUGGUCUCCGAGAGACUCUUCUUGACUCUCCCUGACGACGAGAAGAAACUGUGGCACUCUCACGAAUAUGAGGUGAAGAGUGGGAUUUUGUUCAUGCCUGGGGUGCCGGGUCCGAUUCAGCGUCAGGAUCUGGAGAAGGUUUGUAAGACUUAUGGGAAGGUGUUCCAUUUCUGGCAGGUUGAUAGGGGCGACACACUACCUCUUGGGGUGCCACAGGUGAUGAUGGCACUGACUAGGGAUGGUCAGCUGUAUGAGGAGCUCGCUCAAAAUCUGGAGAAGAGGUAUGAGGUGUCCUUCGGGAAGGAGAGGGAGAGCCGAGCGUAUAUGAGUGGGCCAAAUCUCGGAGUGCAUCCUUUGGCGAACGGUGGAGGGAAAGGGUUGAAGACGGAGCUGAGGGAGGUGGACGUUCAGCCUGUCGAUUCUGUUCCGAGGGUCUUUGUUUGAGUAAUUGUGUGGAUGAAUG